AUGAAUCCCCCUGCGAGGCGCGCGCGUGGCGAGAGAGACCGUGGCGCGGGGAGAGGGAGGGAGGGAGUUGGUCGGUUUCGGGACGGGUGCACAGCGCAGCGGCGAGGCGAGGGAAGGGCUAUUGAACUACGGGCCAUUCAGGCGGGCGGAGUUUGCAAAGUAAGCCUCCGCCGCUGCCGCCGAGGAAACACAAACUUGCCAAGAGGAGCCGGCGGCGGCGGCAAACAAACGGCUGCGCUGUGUCUCUGCGCCCUCAUUGAGGCGCCGCCGCGGCCGCACAAGUCCGCCUCUGUGUUUCCGCGCGCAUCAGAUAAGCCGCCGCCGCCGCCACUGCCUGCGACUCCGCCUCCGCCGCCCCCAGACGGGCAGACACACAGCGCCUCGCAUUGUCGGCGACGCGCCGGCCGACCAACUCCGCCACCGAGUCUUAUCUCUGCUCUGGCGGCCGCCCGUGCGCACUUGCACCGGCCGGGCCUAAUUUUCCAGAACGCUCUCCCGACACGGUCUCCUAGCGUGAACCGCACAGUACUGGCGUGA